AUGAAGAGGGUGGAGGAUAGCAAGACGCAGCUUGAAGAUGAUGAGCUGCAGCUCAGAACCCCUUCGCCCGCCCAGGCAACACAAGGCGAGAUGCUCACCCUGUCGGCCGCGCAACACCAGGACAGCGACGACUUUGAGGCCAACCCGUUUGUAUUCUCGAUGGAGCAGCCCUCGUACGUCUACCUGUGGGGCUCUGGCGGCUGGGGCGCGCUGGGCAUGGGCGGCGAAGACGACGACGAUGACUACUACGACGAGGACGGGGCGGCCGACUCGGCGCGCCCCACCCUCCUGCGCAACCCCGCGCUAGACGGCCUGCAGCUCCGACAGAUCGUGUGCACCAAGCGGCACACCCUCUUCCUCACCGGGUGCGGAAGGGUGUUCGCGUGCGGCUCGAAUGUGGGGGUCGAGCUGGCGCACGACGAAGGUCGACGGGUGGUGGCGCGCCCGGAAGAGGUCAAGCUGCCCCAGCCUGCUGUGGGGAGGGCCUUCGAGCUCGCGUCCGGCAACGGCUACAACCACCGAUUUCUUCUCUGUAGUAGCGCCUCUUCUUCACCAUCUUCUGGCUCGUCGGAAGCGGGCGACACACAGGUCUACUGCUGGGGCGAGAGUACCCAGGGGCAGCUCUUCUUCAAUGCGCGUUGCGUCGAACAGCCCCGGCUGGUGGAGUCGCUGCAGGGCCUGGACGUGGUGCAGGUGGCCACCGGCGACCGUCACAGCCUCAACGGCGAUGGGCAGCUGGGCCUGGGCGACUCGGUGCUUCAUGGACCUGGACCGCACCCCGUCAUCGGGCUCGACGGGUUCAAGGUGGUGCAGAUCGCGUGCGGCGAGUCGCACUCGGUCGCGCUCACCGACGCCGGCACGGUUUACACGUGGGGCAACGGGUUGUCGGGCCAGCUGGGCCACUGCAACGAGUCCUCGGUCAAUAGGCCGCAGCUCGUGCAGGCCUGUCUUGGCAUGAAGGUCCUCUACAUCGCCUGCGGCAGCUACCACACCGUGGCCCUCAUCGAUACGGGCGAUGUGGUGGUGUGGGGCUCGAAUGAGGAGUCGCAGCUGGGGAUCGAGGGCGAGUCCGGACAAGGCAUCAUCGCGGUCGCCUGCGGCACCGGCCUCACAGUCGCUUUGUCGGCUGACGGCCGAGUGUUCGCCUGCGGCAUGCUUCUGGAACGGAUCCCCAUACCCCGCGUCGUGCUGCCCGCCGGCAAAGGCAUCACUCAGAUCGCCUGCGGCGCCCAAUACAUUGCCGCCUGGCGCGGGCCGCUGUCGCCGUCACUCGCGGGCCUGAGGGCAAGGAUCAGCCGGGCGGUCGACCCCAACUCCUGGCUGGCCCUGAGUGCGCUCAUCGACCGAGACGAGUGCAGCGAUCUCCUGCUUCGGCUGGGCGACGGCAGCGCGAUACACGCCCACCGCGUCGUGCUGGCCAUGCGCAGCGACAGUCUCAGCGCCGAGCUCGUGGACCUAGAGGCGGCCCCAGGAGCGCGCCACUGCCGCCGACCCGGCGGCGCGCACCACUCUUUGCCUGCCGCCUUGGGCGACUCCCCGCGCGGUUCGGGCUACCUCUACUGCGACACGCUGCCGCCGCUGCCGGCCACGCUCUUCGUGCUCCACCGGCGCCAAAAGCUCGCCGUCGGCGAUGAUUCGGACUCGGACGUUGAGGACGUGGUGGGCCAGCUGCUCCACUUGGCCCGGCUCUAUGCGACAAAGCCGCUGGAGGACCUCCUGGAGAAGAUGGUGGCGUUCCCUCGCCUGGCCGCGGCCGCCGCGCUCGACGCGCCAUCCCCGGUGAGCAACACGCUGGCGUCAGACCUCCUCGCGGCUUUCGAACAGCCACUUUUCUCCGACCUCUCCUUCAUCGUGACGCCGUCCGCCGCGACUGCUGACGAUGGUGCCGGCUACGAUGAAGUCGCGAAGAACGAAAGUGGCGACAAGGAGAUGCAAAAGAACGAAGACGCCCACGCCGACGAAAAGAUCGAAAGCGAAGAGGCUCAGGCGAACGAACAUCCAGUGGCGAUAGAGAUCGUGGCCCACAAGUGUCUGCUGGCUCCGCGCAGCGACUACUUCCGUGCGAUGUUUCUCACGGGCCUCAAGGAAGCAACUCAGCGCCGUGUGCCGAUCGCGGGGCUGCGGCCCGAGGUCUUCCGCCAAGUUGUGCGGUAUCACUACAGCGGGUUCGUGGGCGAAAUCGACCCUGAACAGGUGGUGGAGCUCUUCGUGGUCGGCAACGAGUUCGGUAUGGACGCUCUGGUGCGGCCGUGUGAGCGGAUGAUCGAGCGCGGGCUCGACCUGGACAACGUGAACGAUCUGUGGGGCAUGGCCACCACCUUCGCCAGCGAGCAGCUCAAGCAGCUGUGCAUCGCCUUCUUGCUCAAGCAGCUCCGCCCAAAGAAGAUUGGCACGGGCCGGGUGGCGGCCCUGUCUCUGGAGCUCCUCGAGGCCGUCUGCGCUCGGAUGAUCGCCACACCCGACUCGAAUGUUAUGAACUGCGGUUCCUGCAAGGAAAGCAUCACGCGGUUGGACGAGAGGGAGAUGUGCCCCCACUGCGUGCUGUGCGGUCGCGUGCUGUGCCAGCGGUGGAAGAAGCGCGGGUGCAUCCACAAACUCCUUCGCCACGAUGGACCGCCGCAGCUGCUGCGCCUGUUCUCGCCCCAUGGCAAGUCAGGCUUCGUGCCCGGCGUGGUGCAGCCGCUGUGCCACCCCUGCCGCGCGAUCCUCAGCGCCCACGGGACGUGA